AAUAGUUUGCAAAUUCCCAUUCCGAGUUCUCUCCUGAUACUCUAUCAGCAGUUAUCCCAAUGAUAAACGAGCAACUCUGAUCUCUCCAAGUCUCCGGCUGCCUGGGGAGAGGGGACCGAGCACUGUGCCGAGCAACUGCCGCUUUUUAUUUCAUUCCAGGGACUGGGAACAACCGGCAAAAUGCCCCAAAUUGGAACUAUUCUCUGUUCUUUCUGGAUUCCUUUCUUUUCCUUCUCUGUUGCCCUGAAUGUCUUGCUUAAUGGGGCAGCUGGAUCGGAGCAGCAUAUCCCCUUAUCAAUGGUAAAGCUCUGGGCCUCAGCAUUUGGCGGCGAGAUCAAAUCGAUAGCAGCAAAGUACUCAGGUUCUCAGCUCCUGCAGAAGAGUGUCUUCACGAAGUACAAGGAGUUUGAGAAGGACGUGACUAUUGAGGAGAUCGAUGGGCUGCAGCUGGUUAAGAAGUUGGCCAAAGACAUGGAAGAAAUGUUUCAUAAAAAAUCAGAAGCCGUGCGGAGACUGGUGGAAGCGGCCGAGGAUGCGCAUCUGAAACACGAGUUUGAUGCAGAUUUACAGUACGAAUACUUUAACGCCGUUCUGAUUAACGAACAAGAUGAGGACGGCAACUUCCUAGAACUGGGGAAAGAGUUUCUGUUACUGCCCAACGAUCACUUCAACAAUCUGCCCGUGAAUGUCAGUCUAAGUGACGUGCAAGUGCCAACCAACGUCUACAACAAAGAUCCAGAAAUAGUCAAUGGCAUUUACUGGUCUGAAUCGUUAAACAAGGUUUUUGUGGACAACUUUGAACGUGACCCAUCGUUGAUAUGGCAAUAUUUCGGAAGUGCAAAAGGAUUUUUUCGGCAGUAUCCAGGUAUCAAAUGGGAGCCGGAUGAAAACGGAGUUAUAGCGUUUGAUUGCCGAAACCGUAAAUGGUACAUUCAAGCAGCCACCUCUCCGAAGGAUGUAGUUAUUUUAGUUGACGUCAGCGGGAGCAUGAAAGGUCUUCGUCUGACAAUUGCAAAGCAAACUGUGUCUUCUAUUCUGGACACCCUCGGAGAUGAUGACUUCUUCAACAUAAUCGCUUACAACACAGAAAUCCAGUAUGUGGAGCCGUGUUUGAACGGAACGUUGGUGCAAGCAGACAGGAACAACAAGGAGCAUUUCAGGGAACACUUGGACAAACUGUAUGCGAAAGGGAUUGGAAUGCUGAAUAUUGCCUUAAGUGAGGCUUUUGACUUGUUAAGUGAGUUCAACCAUUCAGGAGAAGGAAGUAUUUGUAGUCAAGCCAUAAUGCUUGUUACCGACGGCGCGGUUGACACAUACGACAACAUAUUUGCCAAGUACAACUGGCCGGACAGAAAGAUCUUUUGAGAGUUGCUUUGAGGAUCCCAUGCUGUCACUCUUCAGAGGAGAGUCAAACAGAAGUACAACUUGCAAUUGGUCACCUUAAAUACCUUUUCUCAUGAUUGGACACACCUGCCUAUGAAGUUCAAGGCUUAACGAGCUAAUCCAACCAAUUUGGUGUUGCCAGUAAUCAGUAUUGAGCAGUUACAUGCAUUCAAAUUAGCAAAAUUACAAGGGUUCCCAAACUUUUUCAUAUGACUGUACCUCUUUUAGUAAAAUACAAGAUGAUGUCAUGAGUUAUAAUCAGUGCUCAGUGAUGUUAUUCGUGCAUUAUAAAUAUGUACCCCCUGUUGUAUACAGUCAGAGGAGUUCUCUAAGCACAAAGCAUCAUUUAUAAGGAUAUAAUUUACAGGAUAUCCAUAGCUUUUGUGUAUUGUAUUUGCCUUAAAAAUUCAUUGCAAUAUGAUGGAGCUUUCCUGAUGACAGAUCCCGGAUACUCUGUACAUCUGUGUCAUGUACAUGAUAUAAUGUAGUAUAUUUGUCCUUGGUGCGAAUUAUGUUCUUUCUAUAUUGGACGCCAUUCGUUUUCUAUGCAGAGUGUUUAGCCUAAAGCAAGGUGACCCGGCCGACCUAAACUGCAUUUAUAGAGAAUAUAGCCAAUAUAACUCAUUUCCCUUUGUGGGUGUUCAUGAGAUAAACCAGACUCAGUGGCAAACGCCAAAGAAGAAACAGAUACUGUAACUCCGCUGGGGGCAACCUUGGCGACAAUAAAUCUUUUCCCCCCUCGUCCAUCACGCAGGAUAUAACAAAGGUUCUACACAACUGUGUCCCUGGCUCCGGAACAUGCUGACUGUGCAACGGCAGAACAUUAGUCCAGUAAAUUAAAUGUCCCCACAGCCCUAUUGUCUGGGACAUAUUACAAAGUGUUCUGAGAAACUUAAACAAGGAAUGUUAUUGCUGCCAUAGAAAACCCACAAAUUCAUCGUAUUUUUCUUCCCCUUUGUCUUGUGAAUGUGCCAUUAUUGUUACAGCGCCAAGAGAGAUAGAGAACAUAAGUUAUCUUUCCUUACAAAAAGGUUGGCCUGAAAGCAAGAGAGAAAGGAAGAUUUAAGGAUACAACUUUCUCAUAAUAGUGUUCCACGUGUUUAUUAUAUUCCCUGCCAGAUAUUACAUCUAAGGAUCUCGAGCUGAAUAGACACAGUCAGUCUAGAGUUCCACCCCGACAAUCACACAUAAGUGAUACAAUUUGGAACACACAAUAUAUGCAGAGGAACGGAGCACCGCAGAGUCAAAAUAAUAUGUUAAAAAAGUCAAAAUUUAUUAUAAAUCCAUUAAAAAUUACAGCAGCA